UCCUUGUCUGUUUAAGUUUAAAAGACAGUUUGAACUGCCUGGGCUGCACUCUGGUGGAAACAUCAUGGAGAGAGCUGUGGUGCAAGUCACCCUCUUUGGGCUGCUGCUGAUUUUGGCUAGCACACUACCAAACAAGGACGACUGGAACAUCUACAGCUUUCACAUCAACUCCACAGUGACCAGUCGUUAUGCAACCACGGUCAUCACAAGCCGCGUGGCCAAUCGCAUGGACGACUCAAAGGAAAUAGAGUUCCAGGUCCAGAUACCCAAGAAUGCCUUCAUCAGUAAAUUCAGAAUGUUUAUAGAUGGCCAAUGGUACGAUGGUGUUGUGAAAGGUAAAGAGAAAGCUCAGCAGCAGUACACUGAGGCUGUGUCCCGUGGCCAAAGCGCUGGGCUUGUCAGUUCUGUAGGGAGGACCCUCGAGGAAUUUAAGACCGCUGUGACUGUGGCUGCCCACAAAAAGGUCACCUUUGAACUCACAUAUGAGGAGCUGCUGAAACGCAAGCUUGGCAAGUACGAGCUGCAAAUCCACGCUCGACCCAUGCAGCCUGUCAAAGACUUCAAGGUUGAUGUGUACAUUAAUGAGAAAGCUGGCAUCAAUUUCAUCGAGAUUAAAGGAGGACUAAGCACCAACGCCCUGGCUAAUGCCAUCACCAGAACACAUGCAGACAAACAGGCAUGGGUGUAUUUCUACCCAACAGAGGACCAACAGAAAACAUGUGAUGGCUGUGGAGAGCAGGGUAUGAAUGGAGAUCUGGUUAUUGUUUAUGAUGUUAACAGGGACACCUCACUUGGAGACAUCAAGACAUCAGCUGGAUACUUUGUUCAUCACUUUGCUCCAUCUAGUCUUUCCCGCAUACCAAAAAAUGUUGUCUUCGUUAUUGAUCAAAGUGGCUCAAUGAGGGGCAGAAAAAUGCAACAGACCCGAAUAGCAUUAAUCCACAUCUUGAAUGACCUGGCAGAGGAUGACCACUUUGGUCUUAUCACUUUUGAUAGCAGCAUUUUUCACUGGAAAAGAGAACUUGUUCAGGCCAACAAGGAAAACCUGGAGAGUGCUAAGACAUUUGCACUGAAUAUUAAUGAGAGAGGAGCCACAGACAUUAACGCAGCAGUGUUGGAAGGAGCACGUAUGCUGAAUGCACAUCCCAGAGAAGGUUCAGCGUCUAUCGUCAUACUUCUCACCGAUGGAGACCCAACCUCAGGGGUGACAAAUCUUGAACUAAUACAAUCAAAUGUCAGAAGGGAUAUUGCAGACAAGUUCCCACUCUACUGUCUUGGUUUUGGUUAUGAUGUCAAUUUUGAGUUCCUUGAGAAGAUGUCGCUGCAGAACAAUGGUGUGGCACGACGGAUUUACGAAGACUCUGACGCUGAUUUACAGCUGAAGGGUUUCUAUGAAGAGGUGGCCACUCCUCUGUUGACAGAUGUGACAAUGAUCUAUAAUGGAGGGACCAAUCUAACCCAGACUAACUUCAGCCAGUAUUAUAAUGGCUCUGAGAUUGUGGUGGCCGGUCAGAUCACUGACAACGACAUUGAAACCUUCACUCCACAAGUUGUAGCCAUUUCGAGGGAUAGAAGAGUGACGUUUUCUGAGACAAAUGCCACCGUGGAGUACACUGGGACAGAUUUUGACAGCCACAUCCAGAGGGUUUGGGCCUACCUCACAGUCAAACAGCUUCUGGAGAAAGAGCUGCUGUUUUCUGGACCUGAGAAGGAGAACGUGAAGAAAGAGGCCUUAGAGCUGUCGCUGAAGUACAGCUUUGUAACCCCACUUACAUCCAUGGUGGUCACCAAGCCUCUGGGGGAGAACACAGAUGUGCUCCAUAAACCUAAGGAAGGUGAAAGAACACAGGCACUGUCAUCUCCUGUAGGGCAUAGACCCUUGCCAAAAAAUACUGUGGGGAUGGCUCUUCAGGGAUACGGCGUUUCCUUUACUCCACAAAUGUCUUUCCCAGUACCAGGUGGUUGGCCUAUGCCAAUGGACAUAGCACACCUUAUGCCAGCACAACAUAUGCCAGCGAGGCAUCGUUCUCAAGGCGUUAGCGGUGGUUUCUCCGGACAUACGGCACAACUUAUGCCAGCACAACAUAUACCAGAUAGACGUCUAUUUGCUGCAGCAGAAUUCCUUAAAGGCUCACCGACCAACAGUGAUCAAGUUGUUUCCAAGGUAGCUUCACCAGUUCCUCUUUCCCACAGGUUUCUGCUAAAAACUGAGAAUCUGUCUCUUCCACUCUGCUUUGAUGUCACUGGAGAUGUUCGCCUUAAACUACUUCACCAUCCCAACAGGGAGCUGUCUGUGAAUGGUGAGCUUGAUACAGUAAUGAAUGGAGGCUUUAGAAGGAUUGUCAUCCACUUCAAGACUGACCUUUAUGUUGAGGUUGACACCAAUGUCAUCACUGUACGAGAGGGACAGACACUGACACGCCACACUGGACAGGAUCUCAUCACAGCUGGAAGUUUGACAGUGAUUAGGCGGGACAAGGAAAUAGAUGUUGGAGCUGGAGACACACGCAUGGUCAUCUAUAUUCAUGAGAAGGAUGGCGUAGAAUUCCUCUGGCCGGUUUUGAGACAGCAGCCACUGGACAACAACGUUACAGGAAUUAUAGCUCUAAAGCCAGCAGUUUAUGAGGAGGUGCAACAAACUCCCUCAACAAAACUUAAGAUCAAAGACCAAGAGAUUGACGUUACCAGGGCCAAUGCUGUUGACUACAGUAUAGUCUCUCCCCCGACACUGGACUGCUGGCUCAUGUCUGCGGAGUCUGUCCUGCAGAGACGCCUGGAUGAUUUCAUCGUUACUCAACUUUAACUGGGAGCCAUGUUGAAUCACUUGCAAGAUUUCAUUUUAAAGAAAAAAAGGCAAACGGUGAUUCAUCUUGGAAAAAACUUUCCACCUGUUACUAACAUAAACAAAUAAAUAAUAUCACCGAUCUUUCGUUGUCUUGUAUGAA